AUGUGUAUCAUUGAUAAAUACUAUCAACUCAAGAAGGGUCAAAUUUGGAUUGAAGUUUCCAGAUUUUUAGAACAGAACGGAGUUAAUCCAUUGGGAAUGGAUGGUGAAGUAAUAUAUGGCAUGAUUCAGCAACAUCGAAGAUGUGCAAUGUCUAUCAAGAAAAAUCAAGAAAAAAUACUUAAGGAGCAUUACAAAAAAGAAUCGGUGGCAGAACAAGAAAGUUUUACCAGAUUGCGGAGGUCAAAUUUGUCCUCUGCGUUAGAAGCCCUUAAAGAAAUUGAUUACAUUCGCAAAACAACUGACAAAGAAUAUAAAGAUGAAGAUGAAAAAGAAAGAAGAAAUUUUAUUGAAAAAACACGAAAUUUUUCUUCAUCUGGCGAUAAAAAUUAUCACAGGAUCAAUUACAACUUCAUGACUGUUUUAAGACAGAAUUACACUAUUCGUGAUAUAGAAACUCAGGAUAUGAAUGUUGAUCAAUUCGAACUGAUGCCAGUUUCACCAACAAAUUCUGAUCUAUCUUACGGUACUUCAAUUAUUUCAACAAACAAUGCCUCCGACUCAAUGUUGUAUGGAGGCUGUUCUUCAGUUUGUGAUAAAUAA